AUGGCAGAAGAGGAUGAUCUGGCCCAGUUGCCCUUCCUGACCAUGUGCAUCAAGGAGAGUCUGCAGUUGCACCCCCCGAUCACAGUCAUCUCCCGCCACUGUACCCAGGACGUUGUGCUUCCAGAUGGUCAGGUCAUCCCUAAAGGUGUGUUAUCUGCCUCAUCAGUAUUCGGGACCCAUCACAACCCGUCGGUGUGGCCAGACCCUGAGGUCUAUAACCCCUUCCGCUUUGACCCAGAAAACAUCAAAGGGAGGUCACCUCUGGCUUUUAUUCCCUUCUCCGCGGGUCCCACGAACCGCAUUGGGCAGACGUUCGCCAUGACUGAGAUGAAGGUGGUCCUGGCGCUCACGCUGCUGCCUGUGCUGCCUGAUGAGGAGGAGCCACGCAAGAAGCCGGAGCUGAUCCUGCGCACGGAGGGCGGACUUUGGCUGCGGGUGGAGCCACUGAGCGCAGGCCAGCAAUGA